UAUCUAUGCCUCUGCGAAGGAGAGCAGAAGAAGAAAGAUCCUAGGAAAGAGAUAUGUCGCCUGCGGCUCAAUUGGUUCUUCAUGUUGGUGAUAGCUGGUCUCUAUGCCAUCAGCUACACCUCUGUCUCCUCCUCUUUCCACCAGUUUAUCACCAACCCACGGGCCGACAGAAUCAACAGAUCUCUGUCCAACAUGAGAGAGAUUGAACCUGGUCUUGGAGAAAGCGAGGCAUUCUACUCAUGGGUCAUCACUAUAUUCAACGUGGGAGCCAUCAUUGGUUCCCUAAUGGGGGGGCUCCUCCUGAAAUGGGUUCCCUACUGGCACCUGGUUCUCUCCAGUCUCACACUCCACACUGUCGGCUACAUUCUCUAUGCGGUGGCCGACUCGGGCUGGCUUGUUAUGUUCUCCAAACUUCUAUCUGGAGUGUUCAUAGGAGCAGAGAUGACGCUUGCACUGGCCUACUUUGGGGAGAGUAACCAGACCUACAGAGCG